AUGGCGAAGAACUCGGCCUCCACGUGGCGAGAGUGUUCUGUCUUUAAGAUGUGGCCAUGUCCCCUAGUGGUGUGCGGGGUGGUGGUGGGAGCAGCAGUGAGGGUGAGCCACAACGAGCGGCUGUGUUUGGCACUGUCGGUGUGGGUGCUCAUCCCCAUCAGCUGCCUGGGGCUCCUCAUGGUAGGCAUGGUGGGUAAUGCCCCAGCAGUGCUGGGCAUCCAGUUGUCACAACAUGAAGACACCACCAACGUCUGCCUGAGCAGCAUGGCUGUCUCAGACCUGCUCACCCUCCUGGGGCUGUCCAUGGUCCAUGGCCUCUGGCCCUGGCCCUUCAUGCAGCUGCUGUGCUGCCUCACCCACUACCUCUGGGGCUGCACCUGCAUCUUCCACAUCACUGCCAUCACCGUGGAGCAUUACCUCACCACCUGCUUCCUCAAGGCCAAGGUGGUUGUCACCAACCACCAGGUAAAGGCCGCCAUUGGCAUCCUCUGGGCCUUCACCUUCCUCUCUACCAGCCCUUUCUUCUUCCUGGUCAGUGUGGAGCAGCCUGACAACCAUACUGACUUCAGCCAUGACUGCGAUCUCACGCCACAGGCCAUAGAUCCCAGCCUGCUGGCCACCAUGUUCUGGGGCAGUCACAUCUGCCUCAGUGUCCUCCUCUAUGGUUCCAUCAGCCAGGAGCUGUGGUGGAGAAGCCCACACUCCUGCACAGGGUAGGGAUGGUGCAGGGGAACAUCCCAGCCAUGCUACCAAGCCUUCCAGUGCUCUGAGGGACCGCUGUGGCAGGGAUUUUGCUCCCUCACAGCUAAG